UUCACAAAAACGGUCAUAAAAGGACAGUUUUUUUUUCUUCUCUUAUAGUUGUAAAGUGCUUCUCUUGCGCUUUCUUUGUCUGGCUUUUUUUGUUCCUUCCGAUCUUCUCCCAAUCUCUCCUUCGAACUCCAAUCCAUUUCUCCGGUAUUCCGUAGCCGGGAUCUGGACGGAGAAUCUCCCCGAAAACACGAGCUUUAACCGAAACCAAUUCCCUUCAUCUGUGCAGCUACCCUCUACUGUUUGAGGGUUUCAAGGAUCGCCAUUGCGGAGAUUCAUCGUUUUCUUGUCUGAAUUCGGCGAUUCAGCCCCCAUUGAAGCCUCUUUGUUUCCGGGUUUUGCUUUUCUUGGUAGUUUAUGGCAGGCAGGGUCUCUGAUUUAUGGUUGAAAGCUGUUCUUGUUCUGGGCUAUGCUUUUUUAUUUUAACGGGGGUCAAAAGAUUGGUUCUUGUAAAGAGAAUCUGAAACAUUUUUUUUUAUGGAUUAAGAUUAUGAAUCAGGAUUUGUGGGUUUAAGGCGAAGAUUGCGGCGAUUGAGAAAAAAAAAAUCAGGGUUUCCGAGGCGUAAUUAAUGUUAUCAGAAUUGCCUAGUCUUGCGUGGAGAUUACAUCUCUGUGGGUGUUAUUAGACUAGUCUUUCGCAAGCAGAGAUUUUUCUUAGUGUUAUAUUUGCAGCAGAGAUCUGUUUUCGUAUUCGGAGUAGAUCAAGUCCCAGAAGAUUUGGUCGUUUCUCAGGGCUUGGCCCGGAACCUGUUUGAUGAAGUGCCUCUGUUAGAAUUCAGAGUUGUCGGUGCGAGAGAAUGUCUGAAGCGGAGAAGUUCCUUUACCACAGAAAAUUAUGGGAGAUGAAGGAUAGAUUCCUAGGAGGAGAGAGCAAAGCGGAAAAGCUCAGGAAUUCGCUGGUUUCGAGGUCUCGUAUGAGGCUAUGGAUGAUCCGAGCUGUGACAAUAUUGUUGCUUUGGAGCUGUGUAGUUCAUUUGAUGGCAUUGGGUGAUUUUUGGGGGCCGAGAUUGUUGAAGGGUUGGCCUUCUUGUUUCAAUCACCACGACCUACCUCUGGCCCUGGAAAUGGCGUCUCUUCCAACUAAGAUAGCCUUACCUCCUAAAAGGGUAUACAAGAACAAUGGCUAUCUCAUGGUUUCCUGCAAUGGAGGACUCAACCAGAUGCGAGCAGCGAUUUGCGAUAUGGUCACCAUUGCAAGAUAUAUGAAUGUCACACUUAUUGUCCCGGAGCUGGACAAAACCUCUUUCUGGAAUGAUCCAAGUGAGUUUCAAGAUAUAUUUGAUGUGGAUCACUUCAUAUCUUCUUUAAGAGAUGAAGUGCGUAUACUCAAAGAGCUGCCUCCGAGGCUCAAGAGAAGGGUCGAGCUCGGGAUGUACUAUUCUUUACCUCCUAUUAGCUGGUCCGACUUCUCCUACUACCAAAAUCAGAUUCUUCCCCUGGUGAAGAAGUAUAAGGUUGUUCAUCUGAACAAAACUGAUUCACGGCUGGCUAACAACGGACUGCCUCUGGAGAUUCAGAAGCUGAGAUGCCGAGUAAAUUUCAACGCACUUAGGUUUACUCCACAGAUCGAGGAAUUGGGUAGACAAGCAGUCAGGAUUCUGAGGGAGAAAGGACCCUUUCUGGUCCUGCAUCUUCGUUACGAAAUGGACAUGUUGGCUUUCUCAGGUUGCACACAUGGUUGCAACCGUGAUGAAGAGGAAGAGUUAACAAGAAUGAGAUAUGCUUAUCCUUGGUGGAAAGAGAAAGUCAUAAACUCCGAGCUCAAGAGGAAAGACGGCCUCUGCCCUCUGACACCAGAGGAAACCGCUCUCGCACUAACUGCAUUGGGUAUUGACCAGAAUGUUCAGAUUUACAUAGCUGCCGGAGAGAUAUACGGUGGCGAAAGACGGAUGAAGGCUUUGACGGAGGCGUUUCCAAAUGUGCAGGUCAGGAAGGAAACUCUACUGGAACCCUCAGAUCUGAAGUUUUUCCAGAACCAUUCAUCUCAGAUGGCGGCUUUGGAUUACCUCGUAUCUCUUGAAAGCGAUAUAUUUGUCCCAACAUACGACGGGAACAUGGCCAAAGUCGUGGAAGGUCAUCGCAGAUUCUUGGGAUUCAAGAAGACUAUUAUACUAGACCGAAAGCUCCUAGUGAACCUGAUAGAUCAAUACAAAGAAGGGUUGUUGAGCUGGGACGAGUUCUCGUCCACAGUGAAGGAAGUUCACGAGGAUCGGAUGGGAAGCCCUAAGAAGAGACUGGUUAUUACCGACAAACCCAAGGAAGAGGACUACUUCUACUCCAACCCGCAUGAAUGUCUUCAGUUGUUAGAUGGGCCUCUGAGAAACACUUGACUAAACCCUGUUCCUGUAAUACCAGAAACACCAUGAUCCACAAUCUUCAUGGCAUGUAUUGAUUCAUGGGAAUGGUCACAAUAACCUCAGGGAAAUGCUUGUGGGCAUGGAUGGAGAGUUACGGUUAUCUGGAGACACAUUACAGAUGAAUUUGUUGUUAGGGUUUCUGGUGUAUAGAUUGAGAAGGAGAGCUUCCAGGGGAAGAGGAGACAUUGUAAAGAUGACAGAUCUCCGAGGUUCUCUUUGGUCCAUCCAUCCAUGCCCUUGCUGCAGUUUUGGUUACCUCAAUAGAUGCCACCAUCUGUGAUGUAAUGUGUAUGUAGAGAGACAUACAUGAUACCAUCUUCUUCAGCUGUUAUAUUUUUAUUAACUAUUAUGAUAAAAAAAAAAAUAAAGUGAUUUUAUUUUA